AUGAUGAUCAUUCUCCUAUUUCUCCUCGCUUCGACCGCUCUUGCAGCGACCUACCCGCGGCCGGCUGCAUGUCGUUACAUUUCCGGGGACCCUGGUUGGCCCAGCUCCUCAGUUUGGAAUCGUCUCAAUGCAACCGUGGGAGGACGUCUGCUGGCCACGAACCCUCUCGCCCACUCGUGUCAUGAUCCUACCUACUCCGAUGACACCUGCACCUCGUUGCGAAAGCAGUGGGGACAACCCAACCUGCAGAUUCCUUACCCUGCCGAAUUUCUGUCACCCUGGUUCCAGAACCAGUCCUGCGUCCCGUUUACACCUCGGUCAUCCGCUUGCGAACUCGGCAACUAUGCCAGUUAUUCCAUCAAUGUGAAGGGCCCCAACGAUAUCAUUUCUGGGCUGAAGUUCGCGCAGCAGAAUAUUGUGCGUCUUGUUAUCAAGAACACCGGCCAUGAUCAGAAUGGCAAAGGGACCGGCAAGGGAGCCCUUUCUCUCCGGACACACAACCUGAAAGACAAGAGGUUCAUCGCCUCCUACAAGAGCAGCUACUACAAGGGACCAGCCAUCAAGCUCGGCGCUGGCGUGCAGGGCGGGGAGGCUGCCACCUUCGCGCACCAGAACGGGGGCUACCGCGUGGUUGCUGGCUCCUGUCCUACGGUCGGCUUGGUAGGCGGAUACACCCAGGGUGGAGGCCACUCAUCUCUGUCUGGUAUCUACGGGCUCGGGGCUGACAACGUGCUCGAAUGGGAGGUCAUCACGGCCACGGGCCAGCACCUCACCGCGACUAUGGAGAAGAACACUGACCUGUACUGGGCGCUCAGCGGCGGCGGGCCCGGCACAUACGGAGUCGUCGUGUCGAUGACGACCAGGGUCUUCCCCGAUGCUCCGACUGGCGCGGCCUCCUACUCCUUCAGCAUCGCGUCCACGGGCAACAAAGAAGACGCGUACUGGAACGCGGUGACAACAUUCCAUGCGCAGCUACCUCCUCUUCUUGACCAGGGCGUCUACGUGACGUAUUCCGUCACGAACAACACCUUCUACAUCAUUGCCAUAAUUGCGCCCAGUCACAACCAGACGGGGCUGAACACCCUAAUGCAGCCGAUGCUGACGGCGUUGUCUCAGCAGAACGGCCUCAGCGCCCAGUCGCUUGGUCUGAAUACCUUUGGCACCAGCAAUGUCUACGACAUCCUCGCCACCAACGUGUGGCCCGUUCUCCAGGACGCUUCUCUCGUCGCCGCUCAGGGCGGCCGGCUCAUCACCCGCGCGAACCUCAAUGCCAACCUCACCGGUGUCAUGUCCGCCAUGCGCAGUAUCACGACCGGCGGCACCUUCUAUCUGGCGUGCACCGCCAUCAAUACCACCACCGCCCAAGGUGUACCCCCUAUCGCCAAGAACGCCGUCCUGCCCGCGUGGCGCGACACGUCGCUCAACUGCCUGGUCGGGACGGUCUGGGCCUGGGGUCAGUCGUGGGAUCCAGUUCCUGGAUGGCAGAAGGAGCUGCUCGAUCGUGUGCUUCCGACCAUCGAGGCCGUGACGCCGAACUCGGGGGCGUAUCUCAACGAAGCCAACUUCGCUCAGCGAGAUUGGCAGGGCCAGUUUUAUGGAAAAAACUACCAGAAGCUGGUGGCGAUCAAGAAGAAGUAUGAUCCCCAGGAUUUGUUUUACGCGGUCUCCGCUGUGGGAAGCGAGGCGUGGGCUGCGGAUGGACAGGGAAGAUUGUGUCGAACUUGA